AUGUCAAUAUUACCUAACCAAUUAUCUAUCAUAAUCAAUGAACCCGAAACCAUUUCAUCGCCGUCAUCAUCGUCGUUAUCAUCCUCGAAAAUCAUCUCUAGAGCCUUGUAUCUAGACAAAUCCCGCCAAGCUUCCGCUAUCUUGACCAAAUUCCACGCCGGUUAUUUCCGAAUAAGCCUAUCACUUUCGAGUCAAGCCCUCCUUUGGAAAACCCUAGCAAAACAAUCAAGAACAACUCACGAUUAUGACUGGCUCAUACACAAGCUCAUCAUAAUCCUAUGGUCUCUAUCCCUCCUAAUCCUAACCACACUCUCCAUCCUCUACGUCCUAAAAUGCGUGUUUAAAUUCAAAGUGGUUAAACACGAGUUCAUGCACCAUGUGGGUGUAAAUUACCUAUUUGCCCCAUGGAUAUCAUGGCUACUACUACUCCAAUCGUCUCCGUUGUUCGCACCGGAGACGUCAAAUCUCUACACCGCGCUCUCGUGGGUAUUCGUGAUUCCCAUUUUAGCCCUCGAUGUGAAGAUAUACGGGCAAUGGUUCACGAAAGGAAAAAGGUUAUUAUCGUCCGUGGCUAACCCUUCUAGCCAAAUGACGGUUAUUGGUAACUUGGUUGGGGCUUGGACUGCCGGGAAAAUGGAUUGGAAAGAAAGUGCUAUGUUUAUGUUCUCGGUUGGAAUGGUGCAUUACCUAGUUUUGUUUGUGACUUUGUAUCAAAGAUUGUCGGGAAGUAAAACAUUUCCAGCUAUGCUAAGACCAGUGUUUUUCUUGUUCUUUGCUGCCCCAAGCUUGGCUAGCCUUGCAUGGAAUUCCAUUGUUGGGAAAUUUGAUAAUUCUUCAAAAAUGAUGUUUUAUCUAUCGUUGUUCCUCUUCAUCGGCCUGGUUUCAAGGCCGGCUAUAUUCAUGAAAUCUAUGAAGAAGUUCGACGUGACUUGGUGGGCUUAUUCGUUUCCACUAACCGUACUGGCAAUAGCUGCGAGUGAAUACGCUCAAGAGGUAAAGAGUGCGCCCGCACAUCUGUUGAUGUCGAUUCUAUUUAUUAUCUCUCUUUCGGCAUCGGUUCUUCUCUUGAUAUUCACUGUUUUGAAGACAAACACCAUGUUUUUGCGGCCUUAUAUUCACGGUGAUCUUGAUUCUUCUUUUCCGGUUAAAAUUGCCAUUACUUCUCCUGGCAAUAGCAAUUCGGAGAUAUAUCAAGCAUCAACCCUAGAACAAGCACCUAAGAAAGAGAAAGCUCCACCACCAUCAUCAAAACCAGCCAAAUCUAGCGGUGGAAAACAGAAAAAGAAGAAGUGGAGCAAGGGAAAGCAAAAAGAGAAGGUGAAUAAUAUGGUGUUAUUUGAUAAACCCACAUUUGAAAAGCUUCUAUCUGAAGCACCAAAGUUCAAACUUAUUACACCUUCCAUUCUUUCUGAUCGUCUUAGGAUUAAUGGAUCUCUUGCGAGAAUGGCGAUUAAAGAAUUGUUGGGUAGAGGUUUGAUUAAGGUGGUAUCUACUCAUUCGAGUCAGCAGAUUUAUACUAAAGUAGUUUAA